AUGGGAAAUAAAUCGUCAAGGGGUGAAAAUUCUGAAGCAAGAGGAGGUGUCUUUGAUUAAUAAUCUCCAAAGCGGCACAAAACACCAUUAGGAACAAAAUUUGUCCCAGCUAAAAAGACAAAAUAGACUGCUGAAGGUGAAAGACCUCAUGACUAUUUCAUGGAAGAUGACAUAAAUGAGCUUAUAUAAUAAAACAAGGAGCACUUUCGCACAGCAUAACGAGAUCAGGUAGUUAAGAAAAGAGUUAACAUGAACAGAACUCGCUUGCUUUCAAAUUACUCCAGCUUCCCUACUUAUUAAGCUCCCAUAGAAAGAUAUCUAGACAAAUCAUUUUCUAUAAACUAAGAUGAAUUAUAAGAUUUUGAGAAAAGAACUCAAAGAUUAUUAAGUAUAAAUGAAAUGCAUGGUGAUUUCGAAAGAUAGGCUAAAUUUGAAUUAACAAAUCAAGAUGCUCCUGUCUAGAAAUACUACUUAGACUCAAGAUUUUUCCAAUCAGCUGCCAAAUAUAGUGAAAAUCUGUAAGAGAGACUUUCACUUUAAUCUACAAUUGAUGAACUUGACUAAAACAUUCUUUAAGAAAACAAGAGUUAGGGAGCUGGGUUAGAAUAGAAAAAUAUUAUUAAUUAAAACAAAUAAAAUUGGAACUAGGAUCACAUCAAUUUUUGUGACAGUAAAAUUGACAUUGAAUCUUUGGAUUCCAUGUAUAAUCUCCGACUAAUGGAGAAAAGUGUUGAUUUUUCAGUAGAGUUUGAAGAUGAGGAAAUUGAAACCGAAAUACUGCCUUCUACGCAUAAUCAGAUAAGAAGCAAAUACAUCACGAAACUAGCUCACAACAAAGUUUUGCGGACAAGCAUUAGAAACACAAAAAAGUAAACCAUUAUUAUCUUCGAUUGGGAUGACACGCUAUUUUUCACAUCAGCGGUAAAACCUGAGUGUGAACAAGAUAUUAAAGCUAUAAUUAAGGUAUUUUAGCCAAACUUGACUGCUCUAGAUGAAUUAGUUAGUAAUCUGCUUCUCUUAAGUUUAAAUGAUGCCUCUCCAAUUAUAGUUACAAACGCUAAAUAAAACUGGGUUUAUAUCUGUGCUGAAUAGAUGAUGCCAAAGACAAUGCAGGUAUUAAGGAGUAAUAUUCCUGUCGUUUCGGCCAGAGAUUACUUUGAGUCUCAAUAUCCAAAUAACGCCAAAGAGUGGAAAACCAGAACUUUCUUGAGUUUAAUAGAUGGCGUAUAACCAUUUAUUUAAGCUGACGGGGAUUUGAUUACAAAUCUUAUUGUCAUUGGUGAUUAGAACAACGACAUUUAGGCUGGAAUCGAUCUGAGCAAGUAAAUUGGGAAAUGCCUUCUAAAGUCUAUAAAAUUAAGUGAAUAGCCUGGUAUAAGCGAAUUAUUGAAACAACUUAGCCUUGUGACAGACUAGUGGGAUUACAUUGUAAAUUACCACAAAGGACUCGAAGUAGAACUAAGAACCCUGUGUUGA